GCAGCGUCGCCAGAGUGACCUGUUCCGGUCGCUGGCGGUCAGUGAGGCUGCAGCGGCGCCAGAGUGGCCUGUGCCGACCGCUGAGAGUCGGUGAGGCUGCAGCGGCGCCAGAGUGACCUGCCCCGGUCACUGGCGGUCAGUGAGGCUGCAGCGGCGCCAGGUUGACCUGUUUCGGCCACGAGGUGUCAUUAAGGCUCCAAUGGCACCAGGGUGACCCUGGUCACUCACUGGACAGUCGGCGAUGUAUGGACCGGCGUCAGAGACUUUCGACUUGCGAGGCCCGUAUUCACUCACGAUUAUGGGAUAUUACACCAACUACUUCACAUUCUUCGUUCCCGCGGCUCCGUAUCAGGACGACGAUGAAGAGAGCUCGGACUCCCCGCAGUCGCUCAGCGCGACGGCCAAACUUCGGCGUUGGGCCGCGAGUCGCGCCACCCAGCUGUGCUCGCGGGACACCCUCUACAGCACGCUGCCCGUGCUGCGCUGGGCGCCCAAGUACACGCGCGACGACCUGCUGGGCGACGCCAUAGCCGGCCUCACCGUCGGCCUGACGGUCAUCCCGCAGGGCAUCGCCUACGGCAUCCUGGCCGGCCUGCCCGCCACGUACGGCCUGUACAGCGCCUUCAUCGGCUGCUUUCUCUACUGCAUCUUCGGCUCCACGCGCGCCAUCACCAUCGGACCCACCGCCAUCAUGGCGCUGAUGACGCACGAGUACGGCUACCAUGGCAACCCAGACAUGGCCACCCUCCUGGCCUUCUUCACCGGCAUCAUCGUGCUGUGCUGCGGCAUUCUGCAGCUGGGCUUCCUCAUCGACUUCAUGUCCGCGCCGGUGGUGUCUGGCUUCACCUCCGCGGCCGCCAUCACUAUAGCAACGUCCCAGCUGAAGGGCAUCUUCGGCAUCAAAGUCGAGGGUGAAGGCUUCAUCAACACGUUCAAGGAAUUGAUCGAGAAGAUCAAGGAUACGAACGUGAAUGAUCUGGCGCUGGGCAUCGUCUGCUGCAUCAUUCUCAUCUCGAUGCGGGAGAUGAAGCGGGUCCAGGUGGCGCGGCCGGGCCGCCACAACAGCCGCACGCGCAACAUCCUGCAGAGCUGCAUCCGGUUCACCUCCAUCGCCAGGAACGCCAUCAUCGUGAUGACGGCCGCCGCCAUGGUGGCCAUCAUGCAGUCCCAUGGUCUCAUGCCCUUCACCAUGACCAAGUCCGUGAAGGCCGGUAUCCCGGCGCCGAAGCCGCCGCCGUUCUCUACCUUCGAUUCGGUCCACAACAAGACCAUGAGCUUCAGCGAGAUGACGUCGGCGCUGGGCGCCGGCCUCGGCAUCAUCCCGCUGCUGGCCGUCAUCGAGAACGUCGCCAUCGCCAAGGCGUUCGCGCAAGGCCAGCGGAUUGACGCCACCCAGGAGAUGAUCGCGCUCGGCAUCUGUAACCUGGUGGGCUCGUUCUUCUCGUCGAUCCCCGUGACGGGCUCGUUCAGUCGCACGGCGGUCAACAACAGCUCCGGCGUGCGCACGCCCUUCGGCGGCAUCUUCACCGGUGUGCUGGUGAUCCUGGCACUGCAGUUCCUGACGCCGUAUUUCGUCUUCAUCCCGAAGGCCACCCUGUCGGCCGUCAUCAUCUGUGCCGUGGUUUACAUGAUCGAGCUGGAGAUUAUCCGGCCUAUGUGGCGAAGCAGACGUCUGGACCUGAUCCCGUUCGCGGCCACCUUCUUCACCUGCGUGUUCUGGGGCCUGGAGUACGGCAUCGGCAUCGGCACGGCCAUCAGCCUCGGCAUGAUCCUCUUCAAGGCCGCCCGGCCCAAGGUCGUCAUCGAGGAGAAGAAGCUGCCGGGCUCGUCGCAGGUCUACAUCUACGUGUACCCGGACUCAGGCCUCACGUACCCGGCCGCCGAGCACGUGCGCGCCGUCGUGACGGACGCGGCCGUCAUCCACGGCAACAGCGUCGAGCCGGUCGUGCUCGACUGCAACAACGUGCGGUACUCGGACUUCACCUCGGCUGAGUGCAUGAACCUGCUGGUGAAGGAGUUCCGCGAGCGGGGCCAACAGCUGGUGUUCGUCGGCAUGAAGCGGAGCAUUCGCGGCUGCUGGGACGGCGCCGGCCACGCCGACGGCCGCGUCAGCUGCAUCACAAUCGCCGACGCCGAGCAACUCAUCGCAGAACACUGCAACGGGCCUGAGGUGAAGGUGGACGGAGCGGCGGGCGGCGACGUGGGGGCGGUGGACGCCACGGCGUGAUCAGCGCCAUCUCUGGGCCGCGUGCCGCAAUAUACGUACGCCGCGAGGUGGCGGCGCCUGUCUCGCCCGGCGCGGUUGUCGGUCCGCCCGCCGCCCGUUUUGUGGAUGUCGGCGCGGCGGUUCGACCCGUGCUGGUGUGGAAGGCCCCCUCCCCCCGCGGACCCCGCGCCGCGCGAGGUUGGUGACCUCGCGCCCUGUCGCACACAAGGGACCAAUGGUCGGGCGUUCUGUCGCGCGCUGGACGGAGGUGGCGCCGCGCAGCGGGGCAAGUGCAUCGUUUCAUCAUUGUAGACUGUUGGUGAAUUCGCAUACAAAGUAUUGUUGUUUGGGGUGCCGCUGGCGGGCGCCGCACUGGCGUUUUGUAUGGUUGUCGCGGUUUGGUGCUGUUCUGGCGUCGACGUACGGUGCCUUGUGCACGAGAUUUUCCUGUGACAUUAUCUUCUAGGGAGAGUAAUCCGAGCGCUGAUACGCUGACUCCGGUCUGGCGAGCCCGUGUCAGCCGAUGCUGAACAUGCGUGUAGUUUCAUAAUAACUAGGACGUUGUGCAGAUUAUAUAUCAUGGUUGUUGCGGUUAAUUGGCGUGGCCCUCGGGCUGCCAUUGGCGGUGGGGCACAUCGCGAGAAGUCUAGCUGUGGAAAUGUGGAAUGCUCCCUCCUAAGACCAAACCACUUUUGUGUUGAUGUGAAGUGGAGGGACCUUUUAGCUGCUUUUAACGCACGCGUGGUGCUAUAGUGGAGUCCGCUGAAAGGACAAGAACAAUUGUAUUGCUCUAUUCUUAAACUUGCUGUCGUUUUGAAGCGGCAUAACACUUCAAUACGUUUUUUGUUGUCUUAUGAAAUAUCAAUUGAUCGUUUUUAGCAUUGUUUUUGCAUAAUAAUGCACCUGCAUUCCCGUGAAUAGAAUAGUGCCGAUUCGUGAAAACACUCGCCUGUUUCGUAUACCAGUCGUUUCAGCAUAUUCUACUUGGUAUUGUGGACUUGGCACGCGUUGGAAGCGCUAUUGUUGAUCGAUGUGGACCAAUAUAAUCGUUAAUAAAUGGUCGCGGUCGACCUGUACCACCGA